AUGAUCGAGACCAUUAUCCAUAAUCCCAUUAUCCCAGGUUUCGCGCCGGAUCCGUCGUGUGUUUACGUCGAUGGCUGGUACUACCUGGUCAACUCUUCUNUUUACGCCUUUCCCGGCCUCCCGAUAUACUCCUCCAAAGAUCUUUCCAAAUGGAGACACAUCGGUAGUGUCUUGUUGAGCCAUCUCCACGAUCUCUUGCUAAUCGUAUAUCCAGGAAAUGCCAUCAAUCGGCCUGAUCAGCUCAGUCUCGACAAAGCUCUGACUGUCAAGUUUCCCAUGGGCCUAGGCAGGAUGCUCAUGGCCACAGAAGGUCUCUUAGCACCAAGCAUUCGUCAUCACAAAGGCACAUUCUAUGUCAUAUGCACGAAUGUGACAUCCAACGGACUCGAUCUUGAGUAUAACAACUUUUAUGUCCAAACCUCCGACAUCCAAUCCAACUCGUGGUCAGAUCCCAUUUACUUUGAUUUCAAUGAGAUUGAUCCAAGUCUCUUUAUUGAUGACGACGACCGAGCCUAUAUUCAAGGAUCAUACAGGGCAGGACCUGUGUGGGACCCACAGUGCAGCAUCGGCCAGUUUGAGGUCGACAUUGAGACUGGAAAAGCACUCUCAGAGAUCCAGCAUAUUUGGCUAGAUGCACUGGGCAAUCAAGAUGCCGAAGGACCACAUGUCUACAAGAAAGACGGUUACUACUACCUUCUCGCUGCAGAAGACGGGACAUUCGAGAAACAUGCAAUCACCAUGGCUCGUUCAGCCAAUAUCUGGGGACCUUACGAGAGAUGUCCGAACAAUCCUUUGCUGUGUGCUUUCGGCAGCCAGGAGCCCGUGCAACAUACCGGGCACGGGGAUUUGUUCCAAGCACCUGAUGGACAGUAG